UUUUGGUCUUCCGAACCAGAGUAAUCUUGAAACCGUCUAAGUUUGUAUGUACGUGGCAGAUUGCAAUCACUGUCAACAAGAUAACAAUUCUGAACUUGGAAGAGUCAGGAACCAGACGGCGCAAUGGCAAGAUUCAGCGUGUUUGGGGUGAUCUUUAGUCUGGUCGUUGCGGCGUCAGCGGAGAGUGGUGACGACAACCCUUUCGCCUUCGAGAUUUAUGACGAUGUGACCAUUGAACCGACUUACGACCCCGACAGUGGUGCAGUUGGCAUCCUCGUCACAGUGGAGUUUAAGAGGUCCGUCAGUCAACCAUUAAAGUCGGCCGCUUUCUCUCUCCUGGACAAGGAUGGUGACGGUUUGCUGACAGUCGAGGAGUGGCGCGCUGAGAGAGGGUGCGUAGCCAACUUCAUCGCGUUCCUGACGGAUCUGGAUGCCAAUGGAGACAAGAGGAUCUCUUGGGCCGAGUUCCAGUCAGUCAGACAUGUCUACACCAAGUACUAAAACGCACGCGACAGAUUCCAGAGUACCGCCUACAUCAGGGGAAGGUUGGGAACCUUAUGCGUGGACUCAGCGGCUCGAUUUGAAUUUCUCUCCAUGCCAUCCAAGAGUGCAGUGAUGAGCUGAUUUCUUUCAGCUAAAUUGGCGAUAAAUCGUUUCGGGUGACUUGGCCCACAACAUGUCCACCCCGCUUGCACACCAAGGCUGAACUACAAUUUAUGAGCGUGACUUGAAAAUAAACCGCGCCCCCAAAGGAAACUGACUUCAUGCAUUGCACAUCAACGUCUGUGACAUUUCAGUGGCAGCCAUGUUGCAAUAUCAUAUGGCUGUAUUCGGACUGGCCGCAAUGCUUUGUAUUUUUGUCUUAGAACUUUGAAAAAGAAGCUGUUGACCACAAGUAAACACCACAGGAUAGGCCACCGGUGUAAGGAAACUCAGCACUCAUAGUACACAAGUAGAAUGGAAAAGGCGCCGGCGCCGUAUUUAAAGAAUUGGAGAAUACUGUCACGUGAUAAGUAGCCAUUUCUAGUUUUGGACGACAGAAAAAAAUUUUGCUCCAAGUAAAAACAGAACACGGUCAGAAAUGUGUGUGGAACUGAACUAUUAAUCAUUCAAGAUUUGUUUUCAUUGCUAAGUCUGUUAUGGUUAAUAAUGUAUUAUGUUAUGUUAUAAUGUAUUUGAUAUAUACCUUUAGAGCAAUUUUCCAACAAUACUUUAAUUAAAAAAAUAUCAUGGAAACGAAACCGAAAUCAUUUGUCUGGAUGUGCUGUAUUCGAUUGUCUCUGGAUGUGUGAGAGUGAUUUAUCGAUGGAGAUCAUUGCUGCAGACAAAAGUAUCAAUAAUUUUCUUGCAAAAGACAAAAGAAUAUGAUAUUGUAUGUGUCCAGUUAACACAUUUCUCGGUUAGCGCCUUCACUGACAGGAAAUAUUCCCAAUGGAGAAAGGGGUGUACUCAUGCUACACGUCUUUCCGCGGCCAAUCAAAUCUGGCUAUUUCUGCCCAGUGUAGGACAGCAAGACUUUUUUUUUAAAUUUCACUUGUUCAAACACCACUUGGCAUGAUUUCCGCAGAACCUUUUGUGACAAAUCUCAGUACUCUUGAUUAAGCAAUGAUGUAAAUCUAUCACGAACUUAAUAUAUGGCAUUCUGUA